AAAAGCGCCUUUUUAUUCAGUUCUGCUCAACAACCCCUUCAAUGGCUUCUUGAUAUCUCUCUCAUCUCUCUCUCUCUCUCCUAGUUUAUAUCGCUCAGAAUUUUCUAAAUCUCUCAUAAUUUGGUGUAUGAAUUCAUGGCUUCUUCUUCACUCUCUAGCAUCUACUCCCCUUCUUCUUCUUCUUCUUCUUCAUCUUUCAAAACUGAAGUGAAAUCAAUUCACAAAAUCACUUCUUCCCAAUUGGGUUCAAUCCCCCUGCCCGGAAAAUCAAGAUUCCAUGUUCACGCGGUGGCGCGUGAAUUGUCCACCGGCGGCAACAACGACGUCGUAUUGAAGAAGAAGGAGAACAUUGGGUUAGAGAAAGACCCAAAGUCCCUAUGGAAGAGAUAUGUAGACUGGCUUUACCAGCAUAAGGAGCUGGGUUUGUAUUUGGAUAUCAGUCGGGUCGGGUUCUCCGACGAGUUCCUUGAGGAAAUGGAGCCCCGUUUGCAGAAGGCGUUUAAGGACAUGGUGGAAUUGGAAAAAGGUGCAAUUGCAAACCCAGAUGAGGGAAGAAUGGUGGGUCAUUAUUGGCUGAGGAGUCCUCAUCUUGCUCCUAACUCAUUUCUCCGGUUGCAGAUUGAGAAUACUCUUGAAUCUGUUUGUCAGUUUGCUAAUGAUGUCGUCAGUGGUAAGAUCAAGACUCCUUCUGGUGGCCUAUUUACGCAAAUUCUUUCUGUUGGAAUCGGUGGUUCAGCGCUUGGACCGCAAUUUGUAGCUGAGGCAUUGGCUCCUGACAACCCUCCUCUGAAGAUAAGAUUCAUCGACAACACAGAUCCAGCAGGCAUUGAUCAUCAAAUUGCACAACUUGGGCCUGAGCUGGCUUCAACACUUGUUAUUGUUAUUUCAAAGAGUGGAGGCACUCCAGAAACCCGAAAUGGCUUGUUAGAAGUUCAGAAGGCCUUUCGUGAAGCUGGCCUGGAAUUUGCAAAACAGGGUGUUGCCAUUACACAAGAGAACUCUUUACUCGACAACACCGCUAGAAUUGAGGGUUGGUUAGCCAGAUUCCCUAUGUUUGAUUGGGUGGGUGGAAGAACCUCUGAAUUGUCUGCAGUUGGUUUACUUCCGGCUGCACUUCAGGGAAUUAAUAUUAGAGAGAUGCUUACUGGUGCUGCAUUGAUGGACGAAGCAAACAGGACAACUGUGGUUCGGGAUAACCCAGCAGCUCUACUUGCUUUGUGUUGGUACUGGGCCACUGAUGGAGUUGGAUCGAAGGAUAUGGUUGUCCUCCCGUACAAGGACAGUUUAUUACUAUUCAGUAGGUAUUUACAGCAGCUUGUCAUGGAGUCUCUUGGAAAAGAGUUUGACCUGGACGGAAACCUGGUGAAUCAAGGGAUCAGCGUUUAUGGAAACAAAGGGAGUACAGAUCAGCAUGCCUAUAUUCAACAACUCCGAGAAGGCGUGCACAAUUUCUUUGCAACAUUUAUUGAAGUAUUGCGUGAUAGGCCCCCUGGUCAUGAUUGGGAGCUUGAACCUGGUGUUACCUGUGGUGACUACCUCUUUGGAAUGUUACAGGGAACAAGGUCGGCUCUGUAUGCGAACGAUAGAGAGUCCAUCACAGUCACUGUGCAGGAAGUGACACCUAGAUCUGUUGGAGCUCUGGUGGCACUCUAUGAGCGAGCUGUUGGGAUUUAUGCCUCACUUGUCAACAUUAACGCUUAUCAUCAACCUGGUGUGGAAGCUGGCAAAAAAGCCGCUGGAGAAGUUCUUGCGCUUCAAAAGCGUGUCCUUGCUGUGCUCAAUGAGGCCAGCUGUAAAGAGCCUGUCGAACCACUUACACUAGAAGAAAUAGCUGAGCGUUGCCAUUGUGAAGAAGAUAUCGAAAUGAUCUAUAAGAUUAUUGCACACAUGGCUGCUAAUGACAGAGCUCUUAUUGCCGAAGGUAGUUGUGGUUCUCCUCGGAGUGUAAAAGUUUAUCUGGGCGAGUGCAAUGUUGACGAGUUAUAUGCCUAGAUUUUGCAUUAAACAUUCUUAUGAUUCUGCACAUCUGAGAAAUACAUCUGUGCCCGAGAUUGGGUCCGGCCUUGUGGUGGCUGAUUAUUGGGGGGGAUUCCUAACUGCUGUUGUUAAGCAAUAAAAAUCUAAUUUUUUUCUUUCAAAGCACCAUGUUCACAUGCAUUGGCUGUAUCGAGCAUAUUAGCGUCCCCAUGAUCAAAUAAAUUUCAGUAAGCUAAGUUUGUUGGUGUAGCUCCUAUUUA